AGGGUGGGAAGCACCAGUGGAUGUGUCAAAAGCGGCCCUCAAGGUGCGACGCAUGGCAAGAUUAUAUGGCAACAACUCAGGCUUCACCAUCGGGCAGACCAAUUCAGCCUCGGGCGGCCUAGCAGCGCCAUCCUACAGUGGGACGUUUGGCGCGAGAUUUAGCUCAAAACUCACUCCGCAAGAGAAGGAGAUCAUUGAUGUCGCUUUUGAGUCCUUCAAAGAUGAGUCUGGCUACAUCACAACAGAAAGGCUCAAAGAAGCUUUCGAAGCCAUUGAUCAGCUGGGUGACAUCAGUGACAUUCAGAUGUUGCUGGAUAGCAUCGAUCAAGAUGGAGAUGGCAAAAUAGAUGAAGACGAGUUUCGCCACAUCAUGACUCGCAAGUUCCUGGGCGAAGAUGACGACUCUUCUUUCGUCCAGGCGUUCGAGAUGCUUGAUGCCAACAAGGAUGGAUACAUCCCCAUGGCCGAGCUUCGGACUGUCCUGAUGAAAGAGGGUAGUCAGCCACUGAGUGAACAGGAAGUGGACGAGUUGAUGAUGUUUGCGGACAUUGAGGGCGACGGGCUCAUUGAGUACAAGGGCUUUUUGCGCUGGCUGAGUAAUCCGGAUGCUGUUCGAUAGGCGCAAGUGUCACCAGUGAUUCCUCUGAUCGGGUUCUUUGUGCUCGUCAAAGUGCUGAGCCACAGGCUCCGAUCUUCUGGGGCUGGAAGCUUGCGAACUGAGGAGUGUGGGU